GCACCUUCACGAGUGAUUUCCCUUCUUUGUCUCCUAAUACUCACGUCUUACACCACUGCUCAGCCAAACUUCCUAUACCACUCCUGUAUGAAUGACAAGGGUAAUUACACUGCAAACAGUCCCUAUAAGACCAACCUCAACACCCUUUUGUCCAAUAUAUCUUCCAACACAAAUAUCGAUUAUGGCUUCUACAAUUUCUCUCAGGGCCAAAACUCUGACAAAGUUAACGCAAUUGGGAUGUGCAGAGGAGAUGUUAAGCCAGACGCUUGCCGUAGUUGCCUAAACGAUUCGAGAGUCCUUCUCACAGAGCGUUGUCCAAACCAGAAAGAGGCCAUUGGGUGGUAUGAUAAUUGCAUGCUGCGCUACUCAAACCGCUCAAUAUUUGAGACCAUGGAACCUGCCCCUACGUACUUUCUGUGGAGCCCAAAUAAUGCAACUGAUAUGGAUCAGUUCAAUGAGGCUCUUAGGGGCUUGGUGGAUAGCCUCAGAAGCAAAGCUGCAUCGGGUGAUUCCCUUAAAAAGUAUGCUGCAGGAAGCGCAGCUGGUCCAAGCUUUCAAACUAUAUUUGCACUUCUACAAUGCACACCUGAUUUAUCAGAGCAACAGUGCAAUGAUUGCUUGGUUAGAGCUAUCUCAGAUAUCUCAAGUUGUUGUGCUGGCUAUACAAAUGGAAGAAUUGGAAAACCAAGCUGCAAUCUUAGGUUUGAUACAUCCCCCUUCUAUGACUCUUCAGCUGAUGCCUCUCCCAGUCCUCCCCCUUCAGACACCAAUACCCCCCCCUCAGAAGGAAACAGCAACACAACAAAAAUUGUCAUUGCGGUAGUUGUUCCAACUGUUGUCAUCGUUGUACUGGUCAUUUUUGUGUGGAUCUUCCUAAGAGCAAGGAAGCGAAGGAAUAGGAAGAAUGUUGACAAUGAAAGUAAAAUUGACGAUGAAAUUGAACCUAGUGAGACAUUGCAAUUCAACUUUGACAUCAUAAAAAUGGCUACAAAUAACUUUUCUGAGACAAAUAUGCUAGGAAGAGGAGGAUUCGGACCUGUUUACAUGGGUAAGCUUUCGGAUGGACAAGAAGUUGCUGUCAAAAGAUUGUCUAUGAAUUCCGGACAAGGAGAUGUGGAAUUUAAGAAUGAAGUACAGUUAGUGGCCAAGCUACAGCACCGAAAUUUAGUCAGGCUACUUGGUUUUAGUUUGGAAAGAAAAGAAAGGUUACUGGUUUAUGAGUUUGUACCCAAUAAAAGCCUUGAUUACUUCAUAUUUGAUCCAAUUAAGCGUGCACAUUUAGACUGGGAAGGGCGGUAUAAAAUCAUAGGAGGUAUUGCUAGAGGUCUGCUUUAUCUUCAUGAGGAUUCAAGAUUACGAAUUAUUCACCGUGAUCUAAAAGCAAGCAACAUUCUCUUAGAUGAAGAAAUGAAUCCUAAAAUAUCAGAUUUUGGCAUGGCAAAAUUGUUUGUGGUGGAUCAAACUCAAGGAAACACAAGUAGAGUUGUUGGAACUUAUGGUUACAUGGCACCUGAAUACAUAAUGCAAGGACAAUUUUCUGUAAAGUCAGAUGUUUUUAGUUUUGGUGUAUUGGUUCUAGAGAUAGUAAGUGGCCAGAAAAAUAGUGGUUUUCAACAUGGAGAGCAUGUAGAGGAUCUAAUAAGCUUUGCCUGGAAAAACUGGAGGGAGGGAACAGCAUCAAAUGUGAUAGAUCCCACAUUGAAUACAGGUUCAACGAAUGAAAUGAUGAGAUGCAUCCACAUUGGUUUACUCUGUGUUCAGGAAAACUUAGCUGAUAGACCAACCAUGGCUUCGGUUGUACUCAUGCUUAAUAGCUACUCUCACACACUCCCUGUGCCUUCAGAGCCUGCGUUUUUUAUGCGCAGCAGAGGCUUGUCACAGUCAGAUAUUCAAUCGUGGGAGAAUAAUUCAGGGACAACAGAAUCAAGAAAAUCAAAAGUCAAAUUGUAAAAGCAUACUCAAGUGAGGAAUCAACCGGUAUAAUUUAGUGAUACAAUUAAAACAACUGAUAGAGACCUGUUAAUAGCAACUACAGUUGAUGUUCAAACUAGAAUUGAAACAACUGAUGGAGACCAGCAGUACUAUGUGUGGAUCAAUACUGUACUAUAGAAAUCUAUUAGACUUUUUGGGCAUUGGCCGUUGUGUAUAUA